GGGGCGGAGAAUAAAAUUACAAACCGUUCUCCUCAGUUUCUAGACACCUCGAAGAUUUGUUGAAACAUUGAUCAGAGCUCGAUGUUUAGAGAUUAUUAUUGUCCGGACAUUGAAGGACCAAAUAUGAAGGAGUUAAUCUGAUAUGAACUACAGUUAGACUGCAGGACAAAAACUAAGGCAGUGAGGAUGGACUCUGCUCCUGGCAGGAAGAGAGCGGGCUGCAGGCGCCAGCAGAACGCCUCCCUGAUCACGGAGGAGGAGCAGCUCAUCAGUGACCUGGAUGCUCUGCAGUGCGAAGCAGGAGUCUCCAUCCUGCAGGUCCAUCCCAGCCUGUCUAGGGUCGGGGUUAGCAGCAGCGUGGCGGCCAUGAGCGAACACAUCAGUCUGCUGGAAGCUGAACUGGAGACUCAGACGGAGGAACUAAAGGCAGCGGAGCUGAGGGCCGAAUGUUGUCAGGAAGCUGCAGCUUGCAGCGAAGCCGCGGUCGCCGCUCUGACCGAGGAGCUGAGGAUGCUGAGGGAGGAACUGGACAGCAGAACAACGAUGGGAAAGAGGGCUGAGCAGCAGAGGAACCAAGCGCUUCAAAAUGCAGAGAAACUCAAAGAAGCUUUCAAAGAUUACAGAAACACGGUUUCUGUUAAACUCCAAAAGGCGAUGGAGAGCGAGACCAAACUGAAGGAGAGUCUGACUGAGUCUGACAGGGAGAAGGAGGAACUGGAGAGGAAGUUUUCUGUGUUGGAACGAGAGAAAGCAGAGCAGAACCACACUGUUGGUCGGUUGCAGGAGGAGCUGAGACAGACCCAGGCUGCUGCUGCUCAUCUCCAAGCCCAGGUGGAUCAGACGGGGCACAGAGCCUCCCAGCUGGAGCAGCAGCUCUCAGAACAAGGCGUAGAGGCCAGGGAGGUGGCGUCCCUGCGCAGGGAGGCUGAGCAGCUGCGGGUUCUGACCCGUGACCAGGAGCAGCAGGUGGCCCAGAGCCAGAGGGAGGCUCAGCGGAGCCAGGCCGAGCUGGCCAGCCUGGAGGCAGUGCUGGCUCUGCUGCAUCUCCAGGAGGCUCCUGCAGGGCCGCUCUGCUCCAGUCCAUGCAUGCUGCCCCCAGUGGACUAUUCAGGAGCUGCACAUCUGAUGAAGCUGAAGCCAGGCGAAGGCUACCAGCAGCUGCUGCGGGUUCUGCAGGUGAAGGAGGCUGAGCGGCUGAAACACAAGAGCCUGAACGAGCGGCUUCAGGAGCACCUGAGCCGAGCCCAGGAGGAGAUCUCCUCCCUGAUGGCUCAGAGAGCGUCGCACUACCAGAACCUCCACACAGAGCUGCUGGACCGAGUCAACCAAGCCACAGACGCUAACAAAGAGUUAAAAAGGAAAAGUGCUCGAGCUGCAGCACUAGAGAAACAGCUGCAGGAGAAAAGCUCAGCGUACAGCCUGGCUGCCCUGAGGAACACCGAGCUGGAAAAAGAGCUGCAGGAGAAGAGCAGCAGCGUCCAGCAGUACCAAGCCCUAAUGUCCAAGAAGCAGAGAGAGUACCAGCAGUCUCUGGAGCAGUGGAAACAGUCCCACCAUAACCAGCUGGCUGAGCAACAGCAGAGGACAGACAUGCUCCAGCGGACUCUGGAGGAGACCCGCACUCAGAUGCUGGAGAUGGAGAAGCAGCUGGGUUCUGUUGAAAAGGAGCGAGAGGAGGCGCAGAAAGCAGCUCGCCUGCUGCAGACCUCUGUAGAUCAGCUCACACAGGAGAAGCAGGCUGAGGUCAGACGCAACCAGGAGAUGUUGGAGAGCUUCCAGGACCAGGCCUCCCAGUCUUCCACCAAGAUAUCAGAGCUGCAGUCAUGCCUGUCGGCGUGCAGAGAAGAGCUGAACAUCUACCUGCAGCAGAUGGAGGAGGUGAAGAAGAAGUAUGAGGCCGAGCUGCAGAGGAAGAACGAAAAGUUGUCGUCUCUGCAGCAGAAGCUUCAGAGCACCAGCCUGGUUUGUCAGAGCUCCACGGAGCAGAACCUGCAGCUGCAGCUGUCUCUGCAACAGCAGCAGACCAUGCUGACCGAGAGCACGGCUCGCGUUUCUGAGCUGGAGGAGAGCCAGAGCCGACUGCAAAGACAGGUUUCCAGUUUGGAGCUCCAGCUGGAACGGACUCGGGCGUCUCUGCAGGAUGACAUCAGAAGUAGUGAGCUGAAGGCGCAGGCUGCUGAAGAGAACCUACAGGAGACGAGCCGACAGAACGAGCAACUGUCCAGAUCAAUCAGCGUUGAAUUCAUGAAGGAGUCAGAGGAGUCCAACCGACAGCGUCUAGAGAAUCAGCAAAGGCUUCAGAAAGUGCUGGAAGAACUUGAAGCCUGUCGGCGCCACCGUGAUGCUCUGAGCCGAGAGCUGGACGCCGCCAAGCUGCAGAUCAGGGAGACGGAGGCCCGGCUGUGUGGCGUAGAGGAGGAGCUCACGCUGAAGGAGGCCCGCUGGCUGCAGGAGGAGGCCCGUCUGCAGAGCACGGUCAGCGCUUUGGAGGAGGAGCUGGAGCUGGAAAAGGAGCAGCACAGCAAAGAGCUGGAGUCUCUGCAGCACACUCGAGGCCAGCUGCUCAAAGUCUCGGAGCAGAUCUCCACCAGCAUGCGCUCCUCCCAGGAGCAGCUCACCCUGAAGCUCCAGCAGAGCCAGAAGCAGCUGGAGGAUGCAAAGGAGCGCUGCGGCCGGGUGGAAAGCCAGCUGGACCGGGCCCAGACCGAGCUGGAUCACAGCCACGGCCGAGCCAGCCACCUUCAGGCGCGGCUGUUGCAGAGAGAAGCCGAGCUGGAGGAGAGCAGGACGCUGGGGGAACAAACCAGGGUGGAGAACGGCCGUCUGACUGCACAGCUGGAGCUGCUGUCUGCGCAGCUGCAGCAGAGCAGGAAGCAGGUUUCUCAGCUCCAAACUCGGCUCCGUACCUCCCAAGAGUCUCUGGAGAGGUCGACCGAUUCGCUGCUCCUAAAGGAGUCUGAGGUGACCCGCCUCCAGGCCCGGAUCUCCAGUAUGGGAAGAUCUGCGGAGCGGCAGAUUCUGUUAGGUCACGCCGCCUCCCUUCCUGCCCUGCAGACGUUGACGGACCCUCCGGCGCCGUCCCUGACUAACGCUCCCUCAUACCUCCCAGCCAGUGACCUGCUUCAGACCAGCAGCACCGGCUCCUCUGUGGACCUUCCUCCCAGCCUGAAGGCCACCCUGAUCAAGCCGCCGUGGGAGUCUUCCUCACCGUCUGCUUCCUUCCCAGAGAUCGCCGACCUCAGCUGGCAGGGGCUCAGCGCUGCCGAGGCCUCGGCGUCCUCUGACAGCUCCUUCAACCCGCUCACCUACAUGGUGGACCGAGAUGACGUGCAGCAGAGCGAGUCCAGGAGGGAGUCUGAGAGCACUUUGGUGGGACAGGAGGAGGAGGAUAUGGGCUCGCUGACAGGAAUGCUGAAGUUUGUUCAUCAGACGUUAGCCCUGCAGGAGGAUCCCUCUGUGUGGAGCUCUGGAACAAAGACGCAGAGCUGACAUCAGCUGCACUGCAGGUAAAAACAUCCUCAGUCAAAACAUUAAUAAAUCCUUCAGUAAAGCAUGAAAUGCAAAAUAGUGACAGCAAAGGAGCCAAUCGGAUCUUGUUUUUAAAAUAUU